CGAAAACUGAAUACGUAUGUUCGCUCACCGUUUCAAUAUUUAGCUAGCGAUGUAUGAGUAACAAUUUAUUUAUUCAUAACAUUUUAAAAACGUGAAGUGGUUAUACGGUCCAGAAUAUUUUGACUCCGAUCAGUUGUGUGCUGGUUUCUGUUUGCGACGGUUGCUUGGAUUUUUUAGAAACAUAUAUAGAAAUGCGUCACACUUUACGGAACCAGUUGGAGCAGGAUGGUUAUGUCGUGUUGGAAGAUUUUCUCCGACCGGCGGAAUGUGACGAACUCCUGGCUGCUGGGCUGGAGCUGACCAAGCAAGCACCUGACUCUGAUGACAAGACCAUCUUCUCAACUUUAGAAAACGACAAACAACAACUGAAAGACAGGUAUUUUCUGGAAAGCAACGACAAGAUAAGCUUUUUCUUUGAAGCUCAGGCUGUUGGAACAGAUGGAAAACUUCAAGUGGAUCCCAGUGUGUCCUUGAAUAAGGUAGGACACGCGCUGCACCUCCUGCAUCCCAUAUUCAGAUGUUACACUUACAGCGACAGAGUGAAAGCAAUUUGCCGUGAGCUCGGAUUCAGGGAACCAGCAGUUGUACAAAGCAUGUAUAUUUAUAAAAAUCCUGGCUUAGGAGGAGAAGUUGUAGCUCAUCAAGAUGCGACAUACUUGUACAGUGAACCGGUUCCUCCAAUCGGUUUUUGGAUCGCCCUCGAAGAUGCAACCAUUCAAAAUGGCUGCUUAUGGAUGGCUAGAGGUUCUCACAAGUCUGGUGUCCAUAGAAGACUUAUACGGAACCCCGACAAGGAGUCCAACCAAGCUUUGAUUUACGAUAAAGGAGCGCCGGUGUAUCCACAGUCUGGUUUCACAGCGGUACCUGUUAGCAAAGGUACCUGCAUUUUAAUACACGGACACGUCGUCCACAAAAGUGCUCAGAAUAAAUCGGACAAAAGUCGCCACGCGUACACAUUUCAUGUCGUAGAGAGGCACGAAAAUUCGUAUUCACCAGACAACUGGCUGCAAGAGGGGGAGAACGCUCCCUUUCAAAACGUUUACACAACACCUCAAAUGGUUUAAUAGCAUGCCAUUACAUAUGUAUAAAGUACCAAGCCACGAAGAUGUUAUAGUCUUAUUAAAAUACUUGUGACUUUUUAAAACGAAUAAAGGAAAAAUAUUUUGCUUACUUAUAUUUCAGUUGAAAUCUAAAACAAAUCGUAAUAUUAGAUCUUUAUUUACAUGAGCUAUAUUGAAUACGAUAGAACUGAUAGUUUUGUCAGUAGACUGGUUGAGUAUAUCAGUCCACUGAGGUAUCAUUAUCACCACGGCAUGGUGCAUUGUCUAAAUCGAUUUUAAUUAUUUUGUAAAUGCAACCCUAAGAAAUAAACUAUAUUUAUUACAUUCUAAAAUCAUUAUUUUAAAAAAUAUUUACAAAUAUCAUAUACAUUUUCCUUAUAUUUUCGUGAUUAAUUAUAUUUCAUAAAUGGACUAUAUUUAUUUCAAUUUAGACAGAAAUGUAGCUCGUAGGUUUUAUAGUCUAUUAACACACCGAUGCAAUUGAAUGUGGCAUCGAUUUUUCAGACUCUCUUGCACAGUUGAUAUCAUAGUUUGGUUCUAUCUUUGUCUUAUCUAUGAUAAACAAAUAAAUCAUGCGAAAUCGGAAUGACGCUGUGCGAUGUGUGACGAUACAUCGCGCUUUAGGUAUUUAAUAUUACGGUACUUCCCCUUUAUGUACAUGAAAUCCGUGAAGAAUAUUAACAUAAAACUUUAUUAAGUCUAUUAUAUAAAGUGUAUUUCAAAAAAUAUCAAGUAUUUACACUUUUCAUGUACUAGGCGAUGCUAAAUAAUUAUAUUAUAAUGAUUAUAAAAUGUUUAUGUAAUCGUAUUCGAGUUAUAAUAAAAUAUUGUUAUUUUAUUAUAAAUUUUAGCAAAGAUAUAUCAAUCGUAUAGAAGCUCAUAACGGCUCAAAUAAAUAAUAAUAAGAAUCAUUAUUUUUAUAUUUGUUAUUUAUAAACGUAAUAAAUAUAAUUGGUUUGAUUAGAUUUAAUUAUGAAUUAAAAGUGUAGAAUAAAGUGUUUUUAUGCAUUUUAUUUGCAAAAUAAUAAAUUAUGUUUUUUAUUAAAGUAAUAAAUACCAAAUGUUUUCCAUAAUGUGAUAUAUCGCGGUUAGCGAAUUACAAUGUGAUACUUUGUACUAAGUAAACAUUAAACA